GCUGAACGCGUAUUUUGAACUGUGUACAAACUGACCGGGCAGAGAGCUGGUAGAGAGGCGACGCUCGUCUCUGGGACACGUUUACGGUUAACAUUAGUUGUUUUUAACUCUUCACCGAUAUUGGAACACAACAUAUUGGAUUUUAACAAUGAGGAAGAGCGAGGUGCUCGCAGCAGAGUCUGUGUCCUGUCUGAAUAAAGCACUGUGCCACCUGAAGGACAUUUGGGAGGAGAUCGGUAUCCCAGAGGACCAGAGACUACAGAGGACUAAUGUUGUCAAAAACCACAUUAAGAGCUUACUAGAUAUGAUGGUCAAGGAAGAGGAAUGUCUGAGACAAAGACUUGUAAUCAGCAUUCAAACAUGCAGGACAGACAUGGAGAAACUCUGCCUGGAGCUUCAGCUGAAUGCGUUCGAGGAGGAGAGUGGCAUCAGCAUGCUGCAGCAGGAGAAUAACAUCCGCACACAGGUGGAGGCUCUGCUGAAGGAGAAGGCUCAGCGCAUGCAGCAGCUGAAGGCUCUGCUGGAGCAGGAGCAGGACCUGUGUGACAUCCUGUGCUCCGAGCUCUACGGCCUCUCUGCAGACUCUGUCCCCACACUGGAACAACUGGAGAGCUUCAGCCAGCACGUGGCCAGCCAGAACACAGAGAAGCUGAAGCGGUAUGCUGAGUUUGCGGACCUGAAAAGGCAGAUCAUCCUGUACAUGGCAGAGUUGGAACACACCCCCGAGACCAGCUUCGAGAAGGACGUCGUCUGCGAGGACGAGGACGCCUUUUGCCUUUCAAGAGACAACAUCUCUUCACUCAAACUGCUUGUCUGUCAGCUGGAGGAAAGCAAGGUGGAGAACGAGGCGAGGUGUGAGGCUAACCGAGAGAAGAUCCAGCGGCUGUGGGACAGACUGCAGGUUCCCCAGGAGGACAGGGAGGCCUUCAAUGAUCACAUGGUCUCGUCCAGGAAGAAGAACCUGGAAGCGUUACGAGCAGAGGUGCAGCGUCUGGAGGAGCUCAAACUGCUAAACAUCUGCAACGUCACCGAAGCCAUCCGCUCCGAGAUCGCUGUGUUUUGGGAAAAAUGUUUCUUCAGCACUGACCAGCGGCAGGAUUUCGCUCCAUAUUUUAGCGAGACUUUUACUGAAGAGCUUUUGAGUCUGCAUGAUGCUGAAAUCCAGCGCUUGAAGCAGCAUUAUGAGGAGCACCAAGAUCUGUUUGAUGGGGUCCACCAGUGGGAAGACAGCUGGAGACUCUUCCUCGAUCUGGAGAAAAAAGCCACAGAUCCGACCAGAUUCACUAACAGAGGAGGAAAUCUUCUGAAAGAGGAGAAACAGAGGUCUGAGCUGCAUAAAAGCCUGCCCAAGCUGGAAAAUAAAUUAAAAGCCCAGAUCGAUACAUGGGAAAGUGAACAGGACCGUGAGUUUUUAGUACACGGAAAGAAGUUCCUGCAGUAUGUGGAGGAACAGUGGGAGCUGCACCGAAUAGAGAAGGAGAAGGAAAAACAAGAGAGGCACCUAAAGAAGAGCAAACAGACCGAGGAGGACAUGCUGUAUGGAACAGCCGUACGAACCCCCACCAAGCGCAGACUCCUAGGCACUACUACCCCCAUCAAAACACGAAAGUUCAACGCGACGUCCAGCAUCUCUAGUGCCACCUCAAACAGCAGCAGCCGCUCUGUGUAUGGUGCGACGGUGUGUCGCUCACCUGCGCCCCGCCCACCUCUCUCAGCAAACAAGACUCCAUUAGUGCGGACGCCAGGCGUUGGUAAACCCCCCAACCCCCGCCUGCAGGGCUGUAACAAGGAGAACGAGGCGCAGCUGAAGGGGAGCCCUCUGAGCGGUGCGUUGCUGACCCCUGCUAGUCCACAGCCUAACUUCAGCAUAGCCUCUGUUGCCAGCACAUAUUCAGAGUUUGUGAAGGACUUCAACUCUGAACCUGUUCAGUUAAGUGACUUCAGGCUGAACUAAAGCCUCUCCAGAGCCUCAACUUUUACUGACUGAUCCAGAGCCAUUCUUGUUUUAAGCACUAGCUAACGUCAUGCAGGAAAAGCAACAGUGUUGAGUAGGAUACAUUUGCCCCAAACACUGUGGACUAGGAUCAGUUGAUUAUGUUAUGAAGAGUGUAAACUGAUUUAGUAUUCGGUAACACUCAAUCGGUAAUAAUGCCAUGCAUUGUUGAUUGUUGCAUUGGGAUGCACUUGGGCUCUCAAAAUAGCAAAUGUAAGUGCAGAAGUAUGCACAUUGGGACACAGCACUAGUCUGUGAAGUUGAGUUUCCGAGUCAAUCAAUUGAGAACCAAUUGGAUAUGCCUAAUAUCUAUCUAAAAUCCCUUGACAUUAACUUAGUUUCCACAGAUCCUCUCCCACUCCUGUGCACAGUGUUAGUCCCUUGUCCCUCUCCCAGGCAUAUGUAGAGUAUCAGGUACUGUAUUGGCCUUAUAGAAGAUCUUUUGAACAACAAAAUGAAGCAUCAUGGCCUGUUCCAUAUACCAUAGCAAUGCAUUUAGUUACUUUUACUUUUGCUCUUACUGCAGCAAUUUAAAAUUAAGUAAAAGCCAACAUUAUGUAUUCAACACAAAUGGACACCUAAAUGGAAUAACAAUGAUUCACACAAUAGAUUGAGGCGAAUAACCUGAUGAUUGGCUCCUUUUGUAGCGUGGAUUUCUGCAGUGGGGAGCUCAUUUUGUGUCAGAAUUUAAAACCAUCUGAGUCUGUCUGUGUUAUGUGUCUUUUUCACUCUAACAGGAUGCACAGUGUGCCAUUUAUUAUUAAUUACAAUGUCAAGCGGCUGUUUGUUUGAUGGCAUAUGUGUUGUCAUUUCCUCGUAUCGUCACAUUACAGAGGAAG